UAAUAUAUUAUAACCCCGCAUCCGUAUAUACGCUUAAGUGAAAGCUAAGCCGAAGGUGUCGGGCGAGUCUAUACGAAAUAGGAGGUCAGGUAACGUGGUGUAACUAGGCUAGGCAAGAGCAUUCUGUCUCUCUUUUUCUUUUUUCUUUUCUUCCUAUUUUGUCCUCUGUCAAAGUGAUUAUUUUAGUGACAGAAUCACAAGUGAAAUCUUUCCUGUAGAGCUUUCAAAACUGUCAAUAAUUUGCUGCAUUCUAUUUCUGCGGAAACAGGACAUUUGCAGUUUAGCUUCUUUACUGAUAAACCACGUCUCACUAAUAUUGUGCUUAUAUAUAUAUAUUAUAAUUAUACAUAAUAUUCCUCUUCAACAAUGUCAGGAUUACGUAAAACCAAGAAAUAUGACUGGAAGGAUAGUAACAUGGCCCUUGUUGGCAGCGAUUUAGACAAAUCUGUGAAAAAGGAUGCAGCUUCCAAAGAACCCAUGUGGCACGGCACAGGGGAAGGACCCUGUUUAAAAGUCUGGCGCAUUGAGAAAUUCCAAGUGAAGGAUUGGCCUGAAAAAGACUAUGGCAAGUUUUACAGAGGAGACAGUUACAUUAUCUUAAAAAGUUACUUAGAAGAAAAUAAACUCCUGCAUGAUAUUCAUUUCUGGAUUGGCGCAGAAAGUUCUCAGGAUGAAUAUGGCACAGCGGCCUACAAAACUGUUGAAUUAGAUGCCUACCUGGAUGAUAUACCUGUACAACAUAGGGAGUGUGAUAAACAUGAAUCAGAACUUUUCAAGAGUUAUUUCUCUAAAUUUGAGGUGCUGAAAGGUGGUGUUGCAAGUGGAUUUAAUCCUGUUAAGCCGGAUGAGUACAAAUCCCGUCUCUUGUUUUACACUGAAAGUGGUAAGAAGGUUUCAGUUAAAGAGGUAUCUUUCCGCAAACAGUUGAACCAAGAAGAUAUCUUCUUGUUGGAUAUGGGUAUCAAGGUAUUCCAGUGGUAUGGCGAUGAAAGCAAUCUCUUUCAACGACACAGGGCCAAUUAUUAUUGCCAACAACUGAAAAAUGAUCGAGGUGGAAAAACAACAUCUGAAGUUAUUAACCAGGAUAUGGAUGAUGGGAAUACAUUCCAAAAAUUAAUAAAUCAGUGCAUUGAAAAGCAACAGGCCGAUGGUGAUGAUGAUGAUGAUGACGACGAUGACGACGAUGAGGAUGAUGAUGAUGUUAACAGAUUGUAUAGGUGUCUGUUUGUCUUUAUUCUUUUUGUGCAGGAUGCAUUUUUGAUUGAUACAAGGACCAACUGUUUUGUCUGGAUUGGAAAAAAGGCUUCGAAGAAGGAGAAGGCCAAUGGUUUGAGCUAUGCUCACAAUUAUCUGAAAGAUUCCAAACAUCCAUUGGUUCCUGUGACGUGUUUGUCAGAAGGUUCUGAGAGCAAAUGUUUUCAUGCAGUUUUCCAGGGCUAAAAGUAUUACAUUUUGUAGAAUACCUCAAUUUUUAUGAGGAGCAACUUCUUGAAAAUUUCUUUUCGACAUUCCAGUUGAAAUAUUAAAUUUAUUAACAAUAACUCAACCAAUUUUAUAACUUUUAAUACCCCCCCCCCACUUUGUUGUUGAAAUAUUUUGGCCGCAAAACAAAUACAGAGAUUUGCUGUGGGUUUGUUUCAGUCAUAAUGGUUUAUAAAACAUUGAUUAAAAAGAAAGCAAAAGUAGACGACUAAAUUUAGAACACUGCCCUAACUAUUGUGGAUAUCUGAAACCAGGGUCUGUCCAAUACAAAGCAAAAACAGCUGUCUAAUUAUAACAAUGUUAUUUCUUAUCCAUUACAUCUAAAGGAAGAAAAUUUACAUAAAUCAUACAAUGUUUGACAUUUUUAUUUAACAAUAAAAUUGUUUUUAAAACUG